CUUCCCCCAAUUCCCCGCUCAUCUUCCUCCCCUCGCUGCUCCGCCUCCUCCCUUCCCUUGGCAUCGAGCUACUGCCUACUGGGCGUCCGUCCGCGACUCCGUCACCAAGCACGCCUCGUCGCCAUCCCGAUCCCGAUCCCGAUCCCGAUCCCAAUCGCUCGAUCCCCGGUGGCCCGCUCUUUCCUUGCACCUGGCUCCCGAUAGAAUCCUCUGUCGCUGGCCGCCCUCCUCCAUCUCCGCUCGCCACCACAACACCCUCGAGCGAAUCCCCUAUCUGGUCCGUUCUCACGCCCAGCUGCCCGCCCGUGUGCAGCAGCACACCACCCAAUCGCCAUCAACCAGCAACGCAUCAGCACUUGUGAGAUUUUGAGGAAGGACAUGGAUGGGGAAUCUAGGAAUCUUAGAGGUCUGAUUGACGCUCUUUCUCGCCACUGUGAGAUUUUAAGGAGGGAGACUGCGUUUCUGAGGAUGGAGGCCAUGUUUGUUAGGAGGGGGCGCAAAAAGGAAGAAAAAUCUGCGCAAAAAGGGGACCAGGAGAGCAUAGGUUUGGCCAACUCUUCUUACUCUAGUCACCAUAGGCAGAGUAUCAUCACAUCCCAAGUUUCUUCCAUCACUGACAAGAUAUCCGAGGUGCCCCUCAUCAAGGAGAUGGAAUCGAGCAAAAUCACACCACCCUCCCAACUUAAAUCAUACUACGACGACAAGGAGCUCGCAAAAUGCUUUGAUUUCAUCUUGCAUGAGACGGAGGACUUGGGCGACAGGAUGGAAUCUGUGGCAAAUAUUCUGAAUGAAGUUGGUAUCCCCAUCUCCUUGUACAAGAUCAAAGAGCUUGUUGAUAUAGUCUUCAGAUUGAUGCAGAUCUCCGGGAGUAUACUUCAGGGUGACACCAUGGCUAAGAUGGUUAUUGAUGAUGUCGACGAGGAUGAGGAGGGGGAGGAGGUGGUGGUGGAGGAGGUUGGGGAAAAGGAGACAGAAUACACAAAAUCAGUAUUGGAUAUGGAGAGUUAUUUUGCUCUACGCCGUGUUGGCUGGGAAUCUGCAUGGGGCAGCAGGAUGGGACGGUGCGGUUGCUUCACAGAUACAACCACAUUGAGUUCUAUGCAUUUUACACAUUGCACACCUGGCCGAAACCCAGACACAUCUGUCACUGGGAGCACCUUGCAGAUCUACUACAUCAAAAUUGAAGUUGAUGCAACUAAAAACAUUUUCAACUGGCCACUCUAUGUGUACGGUGUGGUUGCUGCCCGAGACACCGUGGACCGCAACCGCAACCGACUAUUCUGUCGGUCAAGGGAUAACUGCCAAAAGCUUACUGCAGCGGAUCCUUUUCUGCGAUUGACUGGCCCGUCUCGUGCAAUUGUGUCUCUUGACCCUGUUGACUUCGAAAUUGAACUGAAAAUAAAGGAUGGAACAAAUGGCAUGCCAAAGAGAGAUAGAAUGUUGAUCUGUAGUAGCUACCAUUACACCUGCUGUGGUGGUCAUGCUGGUUUAUGUACCGCUUUGUUCUGGAACAACUUCUGCACAGCAAAUUUAAGCCUUGAGAGAAUUGCUACAACGGUCCAGGCUACUAUCUUGGGUGUUUGUGUUGCUGAAGGGGCAUGGCCUUUUAAAUAUGGAUGCCAAGUUGCUUGCUCCUUAUCCUCUGAGGAAGGUAUGAUUACUGAUAGUCAAGACACUUCUAAGCAUGUCGUGAUGCUUAAUUUUCAGGGUGAAGAAAUGCCUGUAGGAUCAGAUGGUUACCUUCAUCUGUCAAGGCAUGUUGUUUCAGUAGACUUACAAAAAAGACUGAAAGUUGUCAUACAGGCCUACUCACAGUCUGGUGGUGUUUCUGCCCAAGAUUGUGUCUACUUCAGUCCCAAAGAAUGCAACAUAAGUGAGGAUACAUUAUGGAUUGCCGGCUCUAAGGUGGAAAUUACUAUUGCCUGGUCCUGCCUUGUCCGGUCCAAGAAGGAUGUCUUGAUGAAGGAUGAUUCCGGGAAGGUGAAGGAUGAGGUAUCCGCGAACAUAAUGGAGUCGCUUUCUAAUAUCAUGAUCUUGAACAGGGAGAUUAAGUCCCUGGGGAGGGAGCGGAGAGACUUGGCUGACGCUCUUUUUGAGGAGAUCACUCCCCCGAGGUUGGCGAAGGAGCUCCAAAGAGUUCGUAGGUGCAGCACAGUCGGGGGAAGUUCUGCUGCACGUUGGAGGACGGAUGAAAAGGAGGGCAUGGCCGAUCAGCAAGUCCAAUUCAGUUCGAUCUCCGAGCAGAUGCCAGAGGUGUCUGUCCAGAAGUCGAUGGAGUCGAGGAAAAUCAAACCAGCCACCCGAUUCAAUUCCAACUGUGACAAGGAGGAGCUCGUUAACUGCUUCGAUUUUAUCUUGCACGAGGUCGACGAAUUGGCCUACCGGAUGCAAUCGGUGGCUUGUAUUCUGAAGAACAUCCAAGUUCCCAUCUCAGGCAAGAUUAACAAUCUGGUUGACAUGACAUCCAGAUUAAUGCUGAUCUCCACGUAUAUUGAAAGUCAUUACAAGGAAGAUUACAACGAUAUGAAAUCAGCUGUGACAGAAUCCGCAGAAUCAGCCAAGGAGGAGAUGGAUGCUGGGGAGGCUUUGUUUGCUGACCACCGUGAUGGCUGGGAAUCUACAUGGGGCGAAAAGCCCCUACUGUUCGGUGGCUUCCAAGAUACUACCACAUUGAGUUCUAUGCACUUCACACACUGCACACCUGGCCGUGACCUGUACCCAUCAGUUACUGCAAGCACCUUGCAGAUCUACUGCAUUGAAAUCAAAAUUGACUUAACUAAAGAUAAAUUGAAGUGGCCACUCUAUGUGUACGGUGUAGUUGCUGCCAGAGAUACGGUGGACCGCAACCGCAAUCUUCUCUUCUGUCGGUCAAGGGCUAACUGCCAAAAACUCACUUCCGAUGAUCCAUUUUUGCGUUUAACUGGCCCAUCUCGUGCAAUUGUGGCAAUUGACUCUGUUGACUUUGAAGCUGAAUUAAAAAUAAAGGACAUAGCAGAGUCCAAAGAUAGAGCGUUGAUCAGUGCUGGCCACCAUUAUGCCAUUAGUCGUAAUGGUUGUCUAUAUACUGCUUCCUUCGGCAACGACUGCUGCGAAGCAGACUUAAGGCUUGAGCGACUUGCCAACACGGUCCAGGCAACUAUCUUGGGUGUACGUGUUGUUGAUGGGACAUGGCCUUUGCAGUAUGCAGGCCGAGUUGUUUGCUCAACCAGAUCGGCAGAAGUUAUGAUCCCAGAUGAUCAUGGCAUUUGUCGGAUUUGUGCUCCCCGAGAGAAACAAGUUGUCUUGCUUGAUUCUCUUGGUGGAGAAAUGCCUGUGGGAUCUGAUGGUUACCUUCAUCUGUCAAGGCAUGUUCUCUCUGUAGAAUUAGAAGGUAGUCUGAAAGUUGUCGUACAAGCCUGCAAACCAUCGGGUGAGAUUGUUGCCCAAGGUCAUGACUACAUAACUGCCAAACAGUGCAACAUAAGUAAGGGUGUAUGUGACCUUGGUGACUCCAAGGUGGAGAUUGUUGUUGCUUGGUCCCGCCUUGUCUGUGACAAGACGGAUCUCUUCACAGAGGGAUAUGUUUAUUAAUCUGGUGAAUGAUGCCCUUCACCCAGUUAUAUCUAUUUAUCGUGUCUUGCCAGUGGUUUGUUAUAAUGUAGACGUAUUUGUGCAUAGCCAUGUAAGAUGUCCAACUGUCUUUUCUCCAGAUGUCUGUCUGUGUUGACUACAACUUUUUUUUGUGGAGUUAGUCUAAUUUAUUUUCGUAA